AUGGACACACACCGACUAUACAAGUGGUGUGCCACCUCUAAGGUUUUAGCACAUAUCUAUCGCAGCAAGUACGGAGACUCGACUGCUGCACCAAAAGCUAUUCAGCUUCAGCAGCUUGUACUUGAAGAUCUACGUGUCUCUGCAUCUUACAUGAAAUGCCACCGCGCCAAGGGGAUUGCAAUCGACAUGACGCAUGGUAAUGACUCUUACCUCAACAUUGCUGACUACUUUGAGAGGCUGAAAGCAACAAACCCUGGAACGAUCACUUGUGUCGAAACCGAGGUUGAUGAAAACGGCGACACAUGUUUUCGGUACGCUUUUCUUGCCUUUGGAGCUUCAAUUCAAGGUUUCCGGCGUCUACGUCCCGCUUUGAUCAUUGAUGGCACUCACCUAUCAGGGAAAUACAAAGGUGUACUCCUUACUGCCAGUGGACAAGAUGGCAACUUCCAAGUAUUCUCUCUUGCCUUUGCUCUUGUUGACGGAGAAACCGAAGAGGCUUGGACAUGGUUCCUCACCAAGGUGGAAAGGAUCAUAGCUGAUUCGAACACACUGACCAUAAUCUCUGAUCGACAUGUCUCCAUUGUCAAAGCCAUCAGUCAGACUUUCCCUAAGGCACACCACGGAGCCUGCAUUGUUCACAUCAUGAGGAACGUUGUAUCCCGGUACAAAAGCAAGGGACUCGCUAAGAUGGUUUGUGAGGCUGCUUUCCAGUUCCGACGUUCGGAUUUUGAUAAGAAGUUUGACAGGAUCAAGAUCACAAAUGCAGCCUGCUUCAAAUACCUUGAAGACAUCGGCACUGCAAAAUGGACGCGCACCUACUUCCAGGGUAACCGCUUCUAUCUAAUGACCAGCAACAUUGCAGAGCAGCUUAACAAUGCUAUCUCCAAGUUCCGAGCUUCUCCAAUUGUCGAAAUGUUUAUUUUCAUACAGCGCAUGCUCACAAGGUGGUUCUCAGCUAGGAUGACCAAAUCCGCCAAACACAGGGGUAUCUGCACACCAGAGGUUGAUAAGGUCAUUCAGACACACAUCAAACUCACCAAAGGCAGCAAGAUAAAUCCAUCUAAAGACUGGAGCUUCUCUGUCAGGGGCCUUUUCGGACAUGGCAACACGGUCCAUCUCGAUACAAAGUGCUGCAUAUGUCAAGUGUUCCAGAAGCUCAAGAUACCUUGCGGACACGCUCUUCUGGCAGCGGAUUCAGUCGGUCUACCUUACAACCAAUUGGUUGGUGAUUACUACAAGACACAGCACUGGGUACACACCUACGCCGGAGUUAUUUAUCCUGAGGUCGAUCCUGGCGAGAUUGCAAUCCCUCCUGCCAUAGCUGAUCUUACAAUUUACCCUCCUAAAACCCGCCGCCCUUCUGGACGCCCCCGAGAUGGUCGCAUCCCCUCUACUGGAGAAAUACCGGCGAUGUCUCUUUUGGAUAGCGAAUUCACCACGGUUCAGCUUAUCUAG